CAGAGCAGCACAACAAAACAGUUUUUUCGUGGAGUAACGAGUUUGCUUUGAUUAAACUACAAAUUAAUUUGUUUUCGUUUUCUUUUCGAUCUGCGUUUAAUGUAAAGUGUUUCUAAAGAUGACUGAAGAAAAUAUCACUGUAAGCGACAAUUCAGACACCGACGAAGGCGGUGCCCCCGAGCUUAGGGGGUAUUUGAGUAAAUGGACAAAUUACAUUCACGGGUGGCAGGAUAGAUUUAUCGUGCUGAAGGAUUCGACUUUGUCCUAUUACAAAAGCGAAUUGGAAAGCAAUCUUGGAUGCCGAGGUGCAUUAUGCCUGAAAAAAGCUAAAGUCAAGCCUCAUGAAUUUGACGACUGUAGAUUUGAUGUGUCUGUAAAUGACUGUGUAUGGUAUCUACGAGCAUCUAAUCCUGAAGAGAAGCAGCAGUGGAUAGAUGUAUUGGAAUCAUUCAAAGUUGAAUCAGGAUAUGGAACAAGUUCGGACAGCAGCUCCAAUGGAGGUGGUCUACGGAGACAUGGUUCUGUUACUUCACUUCAGUCUACAGGAUCCCAUGGUCGCACGACACGUCGUCUUACCGAAAAGAUAGCCGAGUUGGAGACGUACAAUGAGCUGCUUUCCAAACAAGCGGUGCAGUUACAAAAGUACUUUGAAAUGUGCGUCGCUUCGUACCCGAAGAUCAACGACGACCCCAGCGAGGCCAUAGACGCUGUCAAAGUUGCAGACGGUAAGUCUGUUGGAACAGACCUAAGCCUCUACACUGGCGAAGUCCGAGCCACUAGCGCGUCAUUCCGUGCCACGUGCGGCGCAACGCUCGCCACGCUCCAGCACUGCGCGGAUCUGCUACGGCGGCGUGAAAAGCAAGCGAGACAGGCUGAAGAGCUGUACAUGGCAUUGAAGAAUCAGCUGACAGAAGCAAGAUUGGCUUCAAAACCAGGACCUGACCAUGAGGAAGGGCCCCACUCCACAUUACCGGACGACGAGUUCUACGAUGCUGUCGAGACCGGCUUCGACAAGAUGGAGGAGGAGCGGUGCGCGCGAGUGGCGCCCCCUAGCGUGCACACCAGAGACGAGGUCGAGCUGCCGCCGCCGGCCAUCGACAACCGGCUCACAGUGCACCCCUUAUGGCCUGAGGUGAGUUUAAUGAACAGGCUCCGACAAGAUGGAGGAGCGGUGCAAGUGGCGCUCCCUAGCGUGCACACCAGAGACGAGGUCGAGCUGCCGCCGCCGGCCAUCGACAACCGGCUCACAAUGGAGGAGGAGCGGUGCGCGCGAGUGGCGCCCCCUAGCGUGCACACCAGAGACGAGGUCGAGUUGCCGCCGCCGGCCAUCGACAACCGGCUCACAGUGCACCCCUUAUGGCCUGAGGUGAGUCUAAUGAACAGGCUCCGACAAGAUGGAGGAGCGGUGCAAGUGGCGCUCCCUAGCGUGCACACCAGAGACGAGGUCGAGUUGCCGCCGCCGGCCAUCGACAACAGGCUCACAGUGCACCCCUUAUGGCCUGAGGUGAGUUUAAUGAACAGGCUCCGACAAGAUGGAGGAGGAGAGGUGCAAGUGGAGACCCCUAGCGUGCACACCAGAGACGAGGUCGAGCUGCCGCCGCCGGCCAUCGACAACAGGCUCACAGUGCACCCCUUAUGGCCUGAGUCAAUGAACAGGCUCCGACAAGAUAGAGGAGCGGUGCAAGUGGUGCCCCCUAGCGUGCACACCAGAGACGAGGUCGAGCUGCCGCCGCCGGCCAUCGACAACCGGCUCACAGUGCACCCCUUAUGGCCUGAGAUCGACAGGAUAUCAACAGAGCAAAUCCAGGCCGCCUUCGAGGGCGUUGGCGGUGAGAUUGGCUGGCAGUUGUUCGCCGAAGAGGGAGACAUGAGGAUGUACAGAAGGGAGAUGGAAGUGGACGGCAUGGUGAUGGACCCCCUGAAGGCGAUGCACAAAGUCCGCGGCGUGUCCGCCCGCGAGAUGUGCCAUUACUUCUUCAACCCGCGCUACAGAUACGAGUGGGAGACAACACUGGAAACAAUGACGAUCGUCGAGGAGAUGUCAUCAGACGCGCUGGUGUUCCACCAGACGUUCAAGCGCAUCUGGCCCGCGUCGCAGCGGGACGCGCUGUUCUGGUCGCACGUGCGCGCCGCCGACCGCGCCACCUACGCCGUCACCAACCACUCCACCACCAACGCUGAGUACCCGGCGAACUCUGGCGCGUGCAUUCGGCUGUUCGUGACGGUGUGCCUGGCGUGCCGCAGCUCGUGGCCGGCCGGCGAGGCGCCUUCGCGCGAGAAUAUCACCACAAGCAUCGCCUAUUGCAGUACAGUAAACCCAGGAGGCUGGGCGCCCGCCGGCGUCCUCCGCGCAGUCUACAAACGGGAGUAUCCCAAGUUCCUCAAACGCUUCACGAGUUACGUGUCCGAGCAGUGCCGCGGGAAGCCGCUAGCUUUGUAGCGACCGCCCGGGCCCCGCGCCAGACUGGUUAACUACUGAAUAUUAACUGCUAAAUAUUUGGCACACUUGAAAACAACCGACAAUAUACUGACGUCUUUGUGAGCUGUCGAAACAAAUUUUAGAGGUGUCCUACACUGAACCCUCCCACCCGUGACAUUGACAGGGGGCGCCACUGUCAAUACCGGAUCGCUGGUACCGAUUCCGCAAAAAUCGGACAUUAUCGGAGGGCGCUAAUGCCGCUAAUAUCAAUACUGGGUUUAUUUUUGCCACUUGACGUUUCGGGAUCGUGGGACUAUAUUAAUUUGUGGUGAUGGGAUAAUGUCACAAGAUGUUUGGUGUGGGAUACCAGAUGUUGUCAAAAAGUCGUAGACUGUGAGUGUUUCAUUUUGCCUUAGAUGCUAACAAGACAACUUUCUACACAAAACUAAUAGUAAUGCUUUGUGUCAUUAACGUCAUGCCUUUUGUACUGGUCUUCAUGUGUAGUAAAGAUUGAAAUAAAUAAUGAAAUUAGUAUCCACAGCUCACAAAAAGCAGGUCAGUUGAUUGUGGGUGCCAUAAGUACCUAUUUUUGGACAGUUUUCCUGUGUUACAAUUCUAAAAAGUAUCUUAGGGAUCUCAUUCCCCGGCGGUACCGGGCUAUUUCAUAACGUAGUUUCGUAUUUUGUGUCUAUCUGUCUCUGUCACUCGUACUGGCUUUACGAGCGAGAGGAAUGGAUGAUCCACAAUUAUGAAAGUCGUAGGAAGUAGCCCCAUCAAGUUUGUCGUCGACUGAUAGGUACAUUUUGCCUUAAACGUUACGAUGUUUUGUGGUCUCAUAAAAAAGCAGAACAUGUUAUUACAGAUUUCGUAGAAUUUAUUGAAAACUGGUGUAUUUGUUUAAAUAAAAUAUUAUUAAAGUACGUUAUUCUGUGUUGAUAUGGCUAAAUGAGUCAAAAUUGUACAGUUUUGAAAUAUAGCUUUAUAAAGUAUGCCAGUUUUCAAGAAAUGUAUUAUAAAUAUUAUAUUGGGGCUAUUGUUGAAUUUUUCUGAAGUGUACAGAAAAUAUGAGUAGGUAUGUAAAUGUAGUAUAGAUAAACGACAUUUGUGGCAACAAAAUAAUUGUAAUUUAUGGAGUAUAUAAAGUGAUAUGUCUUUCUAAAGUGUAGUAUCUAUCAUGUAUUAACAUGCAUCGUUUUAAGUCUUGCUACGGUGUUAUCUUUUAGUUUGACAAUGAUCUGCGAGUAUGGAAAAUGUCACACUUUGUAUAUUUCAGGAUUGUAGUUAGCUUUCGAGUGUUUAUAGCUAAAAAUGUCGUUAUGUUUACUGUUUGUAAUGUAAGCACUUAUUUAGAUCUAUGAUUUCUUUUUUUCCCUACUAUUUCUAUACAUUCUCGGUGGCACUGAACAUAGUAUAUAGCUGAGAUUGCCUUGUCUAUGAGUAACACGUAUUAAGAGUUUAUGAAAAAAAAAAACUGAAACAAGGUCGGUUUAAAAGAUGGGAGCGAAAACAUUUUUUUGACUUGGUCUUCAGGGUAAACAUUUUGGGGGGUGGUAAGAGUUAGGUUAAAGGUUAGAAGUGUCAUCUUGACCCUAGAGGACUGUCUACAUAAAUAAUUUCUUAAACAAACUCAUAAAAAACGACGAUUAUUUUAAAAAUGGCUCAUUUUCAUUCUGUAAAACAACGUCUCCUAAUAUCAUGUCAUAUUUUAGACGUGUGACUAUAUGUAAGUACCUAUUUUAUAUUAAUUUUAAAAUAAUUUUUCGUAACUUAGUACCUACACUUUUAUUUUGUAAUGCUAUAUUAUGUCUUUUUGAUUUUAUUUAAACAUACAAGAUGUUAUCUGUAGGGCUUUUUCCAUUUUGUUCAUGUUCAAAUUUCGUUAGCUUUAGUAGGCUUUUAAAUUAUUUUUCGGCUGUAUUGAUCCAAGAUUUGUCUUCAGACUUCCAUAUUCCUUUUGUGACAAAUUUAAUCAUUUAGUAACUAUGAUUUAAUGUUAUCCUAUCACAAUAAGUUUAGGUGGUUAUUUGGUCAUAAUGAGUACUUAAACAGUACUGUAUUAUGUAUUCAGUAUCCUCAUAUUUUUGUUACUUUAAUCUUAAUAUUUAUGCGAUGCAUAUUCUAUGUCCAUUCCAACUAUACUGAUCUAAUAUAUUAAUAUAAAUAACAUGUUCGUUUACUACAAACUGUAUAAAAUAUGUAAAAUAUUGUACAGCUCUCAAAUUAAAUGGUAUAUCUCAAAAUGUAACAGAGAAAUAUAAAUAUUACAAAUUGCAUUUAUAGUAACGCAAUGUUGGAAUUGUAAGUUAUGUAAUGUUAAAUAUGUUUUUUUAAUUAUUGUUUAUAAUAAAAUGUUUUAUGAUGAA